AUGGGUUUCGUGCUGCCGACAGCCCUUACACUCAUUCAUCCUAUCGCCCGACCGCUCUGGCUUCUAGACCCUGUCCUUGUGCCCGUCUUUCUUUUCGGCAUCCGCUUCUGGAAUAAGAGGUCGGCCGGCUUUGAACGAGUUACCUCGGUGCAGGUUGAGGGCGUCAAGGGUGCAAAAAACGCGUUGAGCACAGUAGCCGUUGGACCAGAUGCUGUUUACGGGCUUGUGGUGUCUUUUCUGGCGGCUGCGCAUCUCUGGAUUCUCUCGGCGGUGGACUUCCCCGGCCUGUCCGGCCCCCCACGCGCUUUGGUUUCCCAGACGCAGCUGGCCACUCUUGCUGCGUCGGUUGUUGUCUACUCGCUCUACUGCGUGUUCCAGCUGCGCCGGCGGGGCUACAUAUCGACUGCGCAGCUGGCUGGAUGUUCCGCCAGCAUUCUUCUCAGCAGCGUUUUCCUUGGGCCUGCGGCCACGCAUGUCGGGACGUCUUGGUUUGCUGACAGGAUAAUCUCUGGAGUGGUCAAAGCCAUCAACACUCCCAGGUAA